AUGAGAAGGGAUGAAAAAUCCAUCAAGGAGAAAGAUCAUCUAAAGACAGACAUUGUACAGCAUGAGUGAGUCCUUUGAUGUUCAAAUAUCAAUUAUUCAAUAACCUGAGGGAUAUUUUUCCUCCAUGUCUCUUUAAAUAAUGCUGAAUGUGAAUUCUUCCCCAGGGUGAAGUAUGAGGAGCUAUCAGCAAGUUUCAAUCAGCUGCAACUUGAGAAAAAUACUAUUCUGGAGAAGAUUCAGAAUGAAUCUUCAGAGGCAACCAUUCUGAUAGCACAACUUAAGGUCUGUAUGAAUUGAACAUGUGUUGCUGUCUGUAUAGUAUAAUACAGAAUAAUUUAGCAGUUUGUUGAUAAUUCAUGGUAGUGUGUUGUAAUGGGAAUAUUUUUCUCAUUCAGGAGAGUGAGGCAAAAGAGAUGAAGAGGAAGAAGGAAAUUGAAAGACUCCAAGAAGAAAACCAACAAUUACGGUCAGUUAGAGUUCAUUGUUUAUAAAUCUUUAGUAAUUAUAGUAAUUAUACAAUGCAGCAACAUUCUUUUUUUUCCAAAUCAUUCACCUUUUCUUUCCUGUAGAGAGGAAUUGAAAUCCUUAAAUGCCAAAGUUGAAGAGCAAGGCCAAGACACUGAGAAUCUGCAGAAUAAACUUGAAGAAAGUGUAAGCAAAUCAACUGUCUGGAGGUUGGAAUAAUACUGUGAAAUUGUGAAAAUUAUGAUAAUUCCCUUUUAGUGUUUGAAAAGUUUGAAAAGACCGCCUGAAAUUAUUGCCUGUUUUGGUGGAAUGGAGUUUUGGCCUGCCUGGUGUCAUCACCAUGUGGUAAAUUAGUUAAUAGACCAAUUAGAAAGAGACUUUCCAAACCUCUGCCAAUAACAGCUAGUUUUCAGUUUCCCCCUCCCCACUCAGACAACUCCCAGACAGUCCUAGCAAAAUUAUUGCUUGAGAAAUUGCUCUUUGCUAAGAAGCUAUUUUUGUUUAUUUUUUACUAUUUUAUUUGAAAACAGUCACAGUAAGAUACUUAAUUGUUACCCAGAAAUGAUUUGAUAUUGAAAUUAAAACGUCUGUAUUGGAACUUUCAACAUGAUGUCUGUUUAACACAAAAUGAUAUGGCCAUGUACUAUAAAUGUCCAAAUGUAAAUGCACGUCAGUUUUAUUCUAUAUUCACACAAAUGAGUGAUAGUAAAUCAAGUUGACUAUUUUCUGUUUUACUUUAUUUCUGUAGUGUGGAGAUCUGCAAGCUGAGUUCGCAAAGAAAGAGAAACAAAUGAAAGCAGUGGAGUCAAAGGUCAUUAUCAAAGUCAUGUCUACACCUGGAUUAUUUUCUCUUUAAUUAUCUUAUCAAACACUUUGCUUUUUCUCUCUAGCUGUCCAACCUGAAGAUAAAAUUAGAGAGUAAAACUAAAGUCCAGGACGAAUACCAAAAAGAGGUUUGUGUUGACAAUUUUUUGUUGUUGAUAAAAUUACUAAUUAAUUAUACAGUAAUAUAAAACAUUCAGCUUUCUAUAACCUGUUUUUCAUUUACUUGUUUGUUCUCAGAACAAAACGUUGAAGAAACAAAUUGCAAUUGAGACAGCAAAAUCCAGUGAACUUGAAAAUGAGGUACCGUGUGGCUUUUAAAUGAUCACUUACAAGACAAGUGCAACAUUGUAAUGCAGUUGUGAUGCAACUUGGUUUGUCAUCCAUUACAGAUAAACAAAUUGAAAGAGGAGUCAGAAAAUGUUCAACGAUCAAAUGAAGAGGAAUGUAAAAGAUUGCUUGAUGACCUUGGAACCAAAUCAACAUCUGAGGCAGAGCUUCAGAAAAAGGUGCUUGUUGGAAGUUACAUUCUGUAAGGUACAUUCUGGUAGAUGUGGCAAUAUACUUACUGCACAUCUUGAUCCCUGCAGGUGCAAAAGCUACAGCUUACAGCUACAGAUGCAGUCAAGAGUAAGGAAGAUGUUGAAAUCAAAUGUCAGAACAAGAUAGCAGACAUGGUUGCCUUGAUGGAAAAGCAUAAGGUAAAGUUAUCUUUUGGUCAAUAUCCACAGAUUACACCAACACCGCUGCCAUCUUGCAUGUUGUAUAAAAUGUUCUCCAUGUGUGUUUGUUAACAUUUAAUUCUCUGUUGGUAUCAGAACCAGUAUGACAAAAUGGUUGAGGAGAAAGAUGCAGAGCUUGAUGAGAAGAAGAGGAAAGACAUGGAGGCUACUGCUAAUAGAACAUCACUGGUAUGAUACAUUAUAGUAGAGAAAUACACAUGAGAUUGGAUUAACUGGGAGUAUUUCAGUAGAGUGUCAUAGCUCUGCUUCUUGGAUAUUUUUCUGAUUUUUCCUCAGGAAUUGGAGCUGUCACAGCAGAACAUUGAGAAUGACCGUUUGAAGGAACAACUAAUGAAAGAAAUGAAUGAGAGGGUAAGUGUGUCAUGUCCCAUGCUGACAAAGCUGUGUCAAGUGACAAAUGUUGUCUAUUUACUCAGUCAUGAUGUCAUGUUGGGUUGUAGGAAAGCUUACUACAAGAGAUUACAGACCUGAAAAAAGAGAUGACAUCUCAGAAAAAGAGCAGGCAACUGGAGACACAGGAUAAACAGGUAUAUAUUCAGAUUUCAGAGCAUUACAACAACAGUUUGUGUUGUUUAAAAGUGUCUGACAAAUUUUUUUUUAAUUUGUUAUAUUUACAAAUUAGCUGCCUGAGCCAAAGUCCAAAGAAGUGAGGUGUUCUGAAACCCCCAAAGUAUCCUCCUCCGCCAAGAUGCCUGUGUUCCGUUUGGCAAAGGACAGUCAGAGAAAGCCAAAAACUCAGAAAGCCUCUGUAACCCCAUCCCAAAGCUCAGACAAAAAAGUUGCUUUAACUCCAAACAUUAAUGUAAGUGAUCAUGAACUUCUUAAAAAUGAUUGUGUUCAGGUCAAACGUUUUCUGAAAGGUUUCUCCACUACAUCCAUGUGCAUGAUCACUGUAUUAGAUGAACUGAUAUUUUUGACAUGUCAAAGGAAAUGGAAAACGAAGCCCCAAAAACUCCAUCUUGGAGCUCCAUGACUAGAGUUGCAGCAACACCACGAAUGAAGGUAUUGGAAUUGGUUGAUUAUUUUGUGUGUUGUAUUCAUAAUGCAUAAGCUAGGCUAUUCAAUAAUAAAUGACCUGUAUGUUGUAUGAUCACUGUAGAAUUUAUUAGAUUAACUGACGUCGUAUGUUUGAUGUGUCAAAGGAAACCGAAGCUCUCAGAACUCCAUCUUGGAGCUCCACCAAUAUAGUUGGCGCAACACCACGGAUUAAGGUAUUGGAAUAUGUUGCUAGAUUUCUUUAUGUGUAGUAUUCAUUAACUGUAUUUUCAUUUGUUGACCCAUGAUAUGUGAACCAUUCCCCCAGAGGAUUCUCUCCAUCCUAUUUCUCUGUGAGUGAUUGAGUGAUUUUCUCCACAGUCUUACAGAAUCAGAACUCCUCCGUCCACUGGGAAGUCUGUGCCCUGGGGGAAGAGCACCCUGGAGCUUGACCCCAAGUCUGACAGCUCUGAACAUAAUGAUUUAUUGGUAAAUAAUGCUUCAAGAUCUAAUGAACACACUGCUUUAACUUAGAUUUGCUUAAAACAUUGGAUUGGCUUUAAAACUCCCAAUGACCACAAAUAAGUUAAACUCAUAACUUUAUAUGCAUGCUGGAUGGAAUGUACAUGCACAUUUAAUUGUGGAAAUCAUUUUUGCUUUACAUAUCACAUCUUCUAACUUGGGUCUUUCUGGUUCUUAUAAUGGCAGAGCAUUGCAGUUGCAACUGAUCCAUUCGAGAGCAGCCUGCAGCCAAGUGUCCCAGCAGCACAGCAUCAAAAAGUGGAUAUAUUCAGGAAGGUAGAAUGAGCCAGCCUUACAUUAACACCAAAUACUUGACUUACUUGGCAGUACUCCCUCUGCAUUAUGAAAUAAGUUGUGGAAUACCAUAUUGCAUUUUAUGGUAUAGUCUAUACUCUGCAACUUCUAAAAUAUAGUCUGUAACUUGUAAAAGUAGUUAAUGCUGUGAUGUCCAGGUCAGUAUUAGUCUGUAAUGUUUCAGAUCCAGAGCCCUGCCAUUCAGAAAUCACCUGGGAGUGCUUUAAAGCUCUCUGCAAUGAAAAGGAUGCGGGAUGCUGGUUGGACAUCUGUCACUGGUGCUGAAAAGAAGAAGAAAAAAUCAGUUGAAAAGAUCUUUGCAUAA